CCACACAAACGCUGCCCACGACACGCGUUGCGCGCAGCGAUGCGAUACAGUGAUACAUAUUUAGAUAUAGGGCGAGCGGGAAAAAGUGGAUGAGAAAUCGAGUUUUGGACGGUCGUCUGUGAUAUACUGUUACUUGAGCGACGUGCUACUGUGUCAUCCGAUUCGUCUAUAUGCAUCAUAAAAUCAACGCUUAAAACAAUGCUGCGCUAAGUAAUCAAAAGUAGAAAUAAGCGUUUCACCUCCGAACGGAAGCCAAUGCCAUCCGGAAUCAAACUGAAAAUACCAGCAGAAACAAUGCCAACCAGUUGAGAAUUACAGUGAGAUAGCAACAGCAACUGUUAACGCUGCCAAUAUGACUAGUUUUGGCCACCUGGGCGUAUGUUACAGCCUGCUGCUGUUAGUGCUGAGCGCCCAGCUAUCAUUAGUACGAUGCAAGCGAAAAGAAAUGCUCGCAGGCCGCUUAGAGAAUGUAACCCAGACGAUCUCAAAAAUAUUGCAAGGAUAUGAUAUACGGCUGCGGCCCAAUUUUGGAGGCGAGCCAUUACACGUGGGCAUGGAUUUGACUAUAGCAAGUUUUGAUGCGAUCUCAGAAGUUAAUAUGGACUAUACUAUAACAAUGUAUUUGAAUCAGUAUUGGCGCGACGAGCGCCUGGCUUUCAACAUCUACGGACCGUACUAUGAUUCCGAUGCAGACGACGAUGGGGUCAACGAUGUGCUGACGCUAUCUGGUGACUUUGCCGAGAAGAUCUGGGUCCCAGACACUUUCUUUGCCAACGACAAGAACAGCUUCCUACAUGAUGUCACUGAGCGCAAUAAGUUGGUGCGCCUCGGUGGCGACGGCGCCGUUACCUAUGGCAUGCGCUUUACCACGACACUCGCCUGCAUGAUGGAUUUGCACUAUUACCCACUGGACUCGCAGAACUGCACCGUGGAAAUUGAGAGCUACGGGUACACGGUCAGCGAUGUGGUCAUGUACUGGAAGCCAACACCGGUACGCGGCGUGGAGGACGCCGAACUGCCACAGUUUACGAUCAUUGGCUAUGAGACAAACGAUAGGAAGGAACGGCUGGCCACUGGCGUCUACCAGCGGCUGUCGCUCUCCUUUAAGUUGCAGCGCAAUAUUGGAUACUUUGUGUUCCAGACAUACUUGCCCAGCAUAUUAAUCGUGAUGCUAUCUUGGGUAUCAUUCUGGAUUAACCACGAGGCGACGAGCGCACGAGUUGCCCUCGGGAUCACAACGGUGCUGACCAUGACCACGAUCAGUACGGGGGUACGCAGCUCCUUGCCCCGCAUCUCCUACGUGAAGGCCAUUGACAUCUAUUUGGUGAUGUGCUUCGUGUUCGUGUUUGCCGCUCUCCUGGAAUACGCUGCAGUCAAUUAUACAUAUUGGGGCAAGCGGGCCAAAAAGAAGAUCAAAAAGCUGAAGGAUUGUGAUCGACAUAAAAUAGGCAAAUUGGAAAAGUCCGAAACGUGUUCAACCACAGAAGAUAUUAUUGAGCUGCAGGACGUACGCAUGAGUCCUAUACCUUCGUUGCGCAAAGGUAACUACAAUGUAACUCUCGGCUCCAUUGGCACCGAGACCAUGGACUUGGCCAAGUUUCCGCCAAGUUUUCGUAUUACCCGUAACUAUGGCACUGGUCGCAGUCAGCUCCGACAUCGCGGCCAAAGGGGAAUCUCAACGCGUCCGCGCGUUAUGCAUGCCAUUAAAAAGAGCGCCUCGGCCAUUAGGGCGACAUUACCAAAGAUCAAAGAUGUUAACAUUAUUGACAAGUAUUCGCGCUUGAUAUUCCCGAUUAGCUUCUGUGCUUUCAAUCUUGGCUACUGGAUCUUCUACAUAUUAGAAUAG